CUUCAAUUACCUCAAUAAGUACAGAGUAUUUAGGCUAUCUGAUUGCUGUUCAUCCACAACACAGCAUCUGCAUCACAAAUGCGGUCGCCCUAGUCACUGGCACCUGGAAUACUUCUUAAAUGGUGCUAUCUCUGCUAUGGCUUCCUCUCCGGAUCAGCAGGCGGGACUGGACGGGAAGAGUCGGGAGGGAAUGAUUGCCGAAUCCAUCAAAAAGAACGAAGAGAUUCAGAGAUUAUAUCCUCACGUCGAUUUCAAGGAGGAUGUCAUAGAGCCCACGAUUAACUUAGCGUUCGAUAUACAGGAACACGUCGACGAGGCCAACCAGAGAAGAUACAACACCCUCAUCGACGAGAUGCUCGAGCGCACUGCUGAGCCAGAUCUGGCGGAGAGACUCCUAUGGGAAGCAAGAGAGUGUCUUACCGGUUACCCAAGCAUCCUGACUCAAUUCGAUGCCAUCUUUAUUGGUCAGCGAUCGGCUUCGAACGUGAUUCGGGAACUGCACGAGUGCAUGAUGAUGAAGAAGGGGGCGGAAAGAAGGAUGAGCCAGCAAGUCGAGGGGGGCCAAAACGGAAAUGGGCAAUGAGACUUGCUGAGUCAGACUGUUGGAUCGCUGAAGACCUGGUUCGGUGUGACUAUUGUGGAGGGGUUUUAUUUUGCACGGCAUGGAUUUCCCGGCCUCACUGCCGAUUCAGGUAGUUCUUGGGCUCAUUGCUCAAAAUGAUUACUCGCGAUUGAGGAUGCGAAGUUUGUGUUUCUUGAUCCCCAGAGCCAAGCAGGCGUGCCGAAGCAAUGAC